AUGACAUCCAACGAUUUUAUCCUCGCCCAGGAGCGCCUUGCCGCUCGUCGUCAAGCUCGCGAAGUAGCAGCCCAAACCCAUCUUAAUCGACGACGUAACACCGCCAUCUCUCAACGAGUUUCCUCUCUCCCCUUUCCCUUCUCUCGAUUAGGGACUGCAGGUCUUACAACAUGGGAUACGAUUGCUGGACGUGAAGGAACUCGUCCUGCUUUUCGAGUCGGUCAAGUCGAUGCAGAGUUAUUGGAUGAGGAAUUAUUAGAUCUAUUGAAAGGGCAAGUGGGAGAAGGCUUAAAGUAUUUCGGUACUCAUAUACAGGAUGAUUGGUCUGCGGAAAUUAUGCUGGCUUUGAGAGCUAUUCUUUUUAAACUCAGUAUAUGGGAUCAUGAUGCUACGUAUGGAGCUACAUUGCAGAAUUUAAAAUUCACAGAUGCGCGACAUUCCGGACCGGUUUUGGUAUCUCCAUCGAAAUGGCAGAAGAGUUUAUAUGGUCUCUUCACUGUAGGCGGCAAGUAUGCCUGGACACGUUGGGAAAACUACCUAGUCGAUUCAGACAAUGGGUAUAGCACCCCCUCACCCCUUAUGAGUCGACUCUCUCGCAUCACAGAUCUUUUAACAAAUGUUCACUCCACCGCCGCCUUUGCAUCCUUCCUAGUUUUUCUCGUGAACGGUAGAUAUCGUACUUUGCUCGAUCGCAUCCUGCGACUCCGACUAGCACCUCCAACAAGCCAAGUCAGUAGAGAAGUAUCAUUUGAAUAUCUCAAUCGCCAACUUGUAUGGCACGCAUUCACCGAAUUUCUCCUUUUCGUCCUCCCCCUGGUCGGUAUUUCUCGCUGGAGACGAUUACUCUCCCGUGCUUGGAGACGUACGAAAUCAGUCUUUAACACAUCAUCUCCUGAUGAUCUUUCCAUUAAUGAAAAGAAAGGCGAACUUUCAUUCCUGCCCGAACGUACUUGUGCUAUCUGUUACCACGAUCAAAAUGCACUACAAGCAACAGAAGAAGGCGUUAUGGCUGCUGCAGCUAGUACCGGUGUAAUCGGGAGUGCGCAAACCGACAUCACAAAUCCAUACGAGACGGUAGAAUGCGGAUGUAUAUAUUGUUUCGUAUGUAUAGCCAGUAAACUGGAAGCAGAGGAAGGAGAAGGAUGGACAUGUUUAAGAUGUGGAGAGGAAGUUAAGGGAUGUAGAGCUUGGAAUGGAGAUGUUGUUAUUGAAGCUCCAGCCGCAGUCCCAGCUCCUGUUGUGGAGAAAGAACAAGUUCCCAAGCCAAGAAAAAGCGUGGAGUUCCAAGACGGCAGGAUGAAGAUUGUAGAUCCAAAAUCGGAAGAUGGAGAUUCAUCAGAUCACGAUUCGCAAUUGGAACAAGAGGAAGCAUAUGAUGAAGAAGAAGAUCAGGGUUUGGAGGAGUAUGAGGAUGAAGCUGAGUAA